GGUAGCACGCACUGUAGUAGUUUUGCGGACAGACUGCGACUUUUUUUUUAAAAUAAACAAUAACAAUCAGAACAAAAAGUUAACGUGAAAUAAACUGUUGUUGAUGUGACGAUCCGGACGUAGAGCGUGAUUGUGACAGAAGUGCUCGAAUUGUGAUAAAGAAGAGCCGCUUAAUCUGGACGAGCCCUUAAGGGUAAAAGAUAGUGGAACGCAACUAGUGUGAUAGUGCGCUCGAAAAAGAGGUUCUUACGAUAGACAACUGAUCAACUGAUCGCUACUGAGAAUGCCACGAAGAAUAGGUACGCUUCCGACGGACGAAAGUUAAGUUUAAAGUGUUGUGAGAUCGAUUCUUUCAUAUUAUUCAGCUCCUGAACCGAUAAUUGGGUGUUAAAUUGGAAAUCUCAUGUUCGUUAACGGCAAUUUGAUUUGUUUCGAAUUCGAACGUGCAAUAAACGUGUGAUUUAUGCGACGGAUUAUGUUCGAAUGUUCAUGUUGCGGGUGUCCCAUUUCGUUUCGGCAAAAAGAGGAAUAAUGGUCGUAAAGAAACGGGAGCAACGAAGUUCCUGCUGCCGCUGCUGUUGCUGAGAGCCGGGGACGGCGGUUACUCACUCAGUCGCUCACUCACUCACUGGCCACGGUGAUUUUUCAUUUCAUCGCGGGGUAUUAACCCAAUCAUGAUGCCUCUUGCACCGACGCCAAUAGUACAAGUGCCUUCCAAGCCCAAGAUCGGUUUCUCGAUCGAUUCUAUAGUCGGUGGUGCCAACCACCCGAGUCCCCAGCAUUCGCCCAUCCACUUAUCCGAAAGUUCCGGACCUUUAUCUCCGUCGAGCGAUCGGAGCAACGUAUCGCCCCAUCGCCUGAACCAUCUUGCGUCGCCCAACGGCGGUCUGAACAGUUCGCUGUGCGGUUUAAACCUAUCCCCCAAAGGACUCAAUUUAUCCCCGCAAAACCAAGUCAAUUCCUCGCCAAACGGUAGUAGACUUAACAGUUCGCCCUUGCGGCCCAGUGUUUCGCCGUCCAGAUCGCCUCCGCCGUCGCCGAAACCGCCCAUAAUGGUACCCGGCAUCCCGGCGCAUUCGUUAAUACGACCGAGCCCAACCUACGACCCGAACUUGGUGCCCAAAAACGGGUUCCUGCAGCCGGAGAUGAUGCACAAUCAUGGCGGACACCCCUUUGCUUUGGCCGCUCAUUUUCAAGGGGCUGCGCUGGCAGCUGCUCUCAGCUCUGGCCAACCGGGAUUUGCACAGCAUUCACCCCUUUCAACGCACACACCCCCGAGGGAAAGUUAUCCCCUGUAUCCCUGGCUGUUGUCACGACACGGGAGAAUAUUCCCACACCGAUUUCCAGGGGGUAAGUCGAUCAUAUAUUUCAAAUAA